AUGCAUGGUUCAUUGCAGGGAGAGGCUCGCCCUGUUAUUUGUAGAGGGAGCGGUCCGCCCCUUGUGUGGGUUUCUACAGACCAUGAUGAAAUUGAGAAGGUUGCAAAGCAGUUUGGUGCUCAAGUUCAUCGCAGAAGCCCUGAAGUAUCUCAAGACUCCUCUACUUCUCUAGAAACUAUCAGAGAGUUUCUUAACCAUCAUCAUGAGGUUGAUAUUGUAGGAAAUAUUCAAGCAACAUCUCCCUGUUUACAUCCCAGUGAUCUUGUAAAAGUGGCUGAUCUGAUCCAGAAGGAGGGCUUUGAUUCUGUCUUCUCUGUUGUGAGACGGCAUCAAUUUAGAUGGAGCGAGGUAAAAAAAGGAGAAAACAAAAUGACAGAGCCCCAAAACCUGAAUCCAGCAAAACGGUACCGGAGGCAAGACUGGCCUGGAGAGCUGUAUGAAAAUGGCUCGUUUUACUUUGCUAAGAGGCAUUUGAUUGAGAAGGGCUACUUGCAGGGCGGUAAAAUGGCCUACUAUGAAAUGCGUGCAGAGCACAGCGUCGAUAUUGAUAUAGACAUUGACUGGCCUAUUGCGGAGCAAAGAGUGCUGAGCUUUGGAUAUUUUGGUAAAGAACCAUUAAAAGAGGUGAAGCUAUUGGUUUGCAGUAUUGAUGGAUGCCUGACAAAUGGUCGCAUUUAUGUGACAGAAGAUCAGAAGGAAAUGAUCUCUUAUGAUUAUAGAGAUAUUGUUGGCAUUGACCUGUUAAAGAAAAGAGGAAUCCAGGUCCGACUUAUCUCUGAAAGAGAUCGUUCAAAAACGCUGUCUGCCAUGCAGCUGGGAUGUGUAGCAAAAGUUAAUGCAACAAAUAAAUUAGAAGUCCUAGAGGACUGGCGAAAAGACAUUGGUUUGAGCUGGAAAGAAGUGGCUUACUUAGGAAAUGAAGAGUCUGAUGUGGAAUGCCUGAAAAACGCUGGCAUGAGUGGUGUGCCUGCUGAUGCUUGUGCAGUUGCUCAGAAGGCUGCUGCUUAUAUUUGUAAAAGCAAUGGCGGCUGUGGAGCCAUCCGAGAGUUUGCAGAACAUAUCUUCCUGUUGUUAGAAAAAGUGAACUCUGCAAGAAAGCAGUUGGGAGAAGUGAGUUCAGUAGGAGGGGAAAUUGGGGGAAAUGAGAACAGCAGGACAGGAAAUAAGGAACUAAUGAAAAAGAAAUAACACACUUGUUCUCUCUUGCUAUCCUCCUUCUCCUGUUCCCUUCUGAAUAUGUCUGUAUCCCAAAGGAUAGCUUGCCUUUCAGAUUUGACGCUUAAGUAGAGUUGAAAAGAUAUUUCCCUCUAGUUUAAGGUCCCACUUUCAUUAAAUGCUGAGUAUAUUUAUAUUCAUGAUUAUUUUAAAAGUCAUUUAAAUGCAAUGGAAGGAAUUCUACAAAAGGUAGUGUCCUGUAAAUGUUCUUUUAAUCGUUGUACCUGUUCUACAGGAAUGAUGUGUCCUUAUGUCAUAAUUGAAUAGUUUCAGCAAUGAUUUUUUUUUAUGAUUUGAGGAUUUAUGAUUCAGAUUUUUGGCAAUUUUGUUCUCUCAGUUGUGCUUCUUUCAUUUAGACUCCCUCUAUCAAAUCUUAAUAUGGCACUGUAACUGUGUGCUUGCUUUUUAUGAGAUGCAUAUCCAAUAAGCAAGAGUUCUAGCAUAUGCUGGAGAAGUCAGGUGUAAAAUAAGUAUCAAACCUUUCCCUAUAUUUUUAAUAGCAAGUUCAGAUACUGUAAAAACAGUCAAUAUUAGUUAAGAAAAGCAUUUAAGCAUGUGCUCAGUUUUAAGCUCAUUAAUAAUUAAAUGGUGUUUGGACUCGUGCCUCUUAACUUUGAAUCUCUUUAAGAACUUAAGUGAAACUCAGUGUAAAUUAGCUUACCCAAAUGCUUUAAUGAAUUUGAAGCUAAAUUUCCUGUAAACUUGGAGAUCUAUCUAUUGCAGAAACUAUUUCUUUCUGUGAAGGUUUUAUUAUGAUCAUUAAUGACAGAAAAGAUUGUUAUUGCAUGAAGAAGUAAUUGCUGUAUAAAAUUCAUAGUUGAAGUUUGUGGGUUUAUAUCCAGCAUACAUUCAGACUAUUUUUAGCAUGUUAAUUUAAAACUGGUGUGUAUGUAUGUGUAUUUAUUUAGAAUACAAUUUUUAUCCUGUUUUGAUUUAAUGUAUGCAGUGAUCUGUAAACAUUUGAAUAAUCAACACUAAAAUUACGGAUCUCUUUUUCAAUCCUGAUUAUCAGUGAGCCAAGCUAAGUCUUGGGUUAUGCUAAAAAAUAAAAAAUAAUAAGUUGCACACAGGCAGUUACUACUGAGAUGAGUAAUAAUGGUUUAUCAUUUUAUUUUAUGUUUCUCUGCUAAAUAGACACUCUGAAUACGGUAUCUCCUGAUCUACCGCUCUCUAUUGAUUGAUUAACUUUGUGUUUACUUCCCAUUACUAUGCAAUUUAUAAGUGAAAUUCUUUUACUACCUAUCAGCCUCUGCUAAGAUUAGCAGGUGAAUAGUUUGCUGCAGUAAUCAGCUUCAGGUUAUCAUGUAAGUACUUCCUUUUGGUGAGGUUUAGUGUUCUGCGCUGGAUAAGUAAGUUCCAUGGACUUUAAAAACAGGAGAGACAUGUUUUGGAUAACACUCUGAACUUUGGCAUAGGUAGCUAAACCAUUUUCUUGUAUAGACUAAUGUGAUAAAGCUGCAGAAGUUCAGACUGGAUCAACAAAUCAUUGUUGAUAUGAUGUCAUUUAAAAUUAGUCACAUUUUUAUUUUGCUUCGUCAUGGUCAAUUAACUUUUUGACUUUGGUUUGAAAAGCAAUUUCUUGUGAAUAGAUAGCUUUAAACAAGGCCACCUAGCUGAACUUUGUUCCCAUUCCUCUUCUUGUAGAGAAGGCAAAAAUAUGAAUUAAGUACAAUUAUUAUAGUAGAAAUAUGAGUUGGCAGUACUGUUUGUUUGCAACUUUCUGUCUGAAUUAAGAACUCUUUAAAAAUGUCUCAGUAACUUUGCUAUAUUUACUACAUAUACAGUUAAGUCCUUGCCCAAAAUCUCUGCGUAUCUCAAAAAAUAAAUGCAGAAACACUUUUCUGUGACUGUUUGGAAUAGGCAGAAAAAAAUGGUAGUUGGUGCAUAAGUGUUCUCACUUCGACAAAUUCUUGUUUAGAAAAACCUGGUAUAAACAUCUUAUAUUGGACGUACCAGAAGUAUGCAGCAGCAAGAAAUGAAGAAUGAAAGACUGCUAGAGAUAAUUUACAAAAUAAACCCUGUUUGAAUGUUUUAAUUUAGGCUCUGAUCUGACAAAUGCUUAACAAGCUCAUAUUUCCAGUACCCGCAUGGGAUGUGGGAAACGCAGGGUCCUCUGCCUAAAGCAUUCAGAUUUAUGUCACCCACACUGCAAGGGAAAGCCUAACUGUAAGUUAGAGUAGAACAAGGGAUGUCUCAGUUUUUUCUCUUGACUA